CAAAGGAGAUUUUUCAAAAAAAAAAAAAAUCUGCGAGACCAAGACGGUGACAAAGCCAUGAUCCGCAUGAAACCUGGGAAGCUGAAACCAAAAGUGCUGGUCCGUGAUCCGUUAAAGAAUUGGGAGGAAAAAUGGGUAACGACGGUGGAGAACCCGGAAAAACCAGGACAAAUCAUAUGGGUGAAAUACAUGGAAGGGCUGUCGGAGGGCGAUUUAGAUGUACCUCCGUUGAGUGAGAAGUUCAAAGAAACGAGAAAAGCCGCUGAUCGGUUCCUUUCAACUCGUGGGACCAAAACCGACCAGUGGAUGUGUGGGGUUUGUUAUCAGUGGGAUGACCACUGGCCUCCAACGUGCCCAUACACGGAUGAUCCUACACGACCACGACCCCACUCCAAAACAGCAAAACUCAUACAGUCUAAGAUGCAGGCUCAAGGUAGCAAUGCAGAAGAACCAAAGGAUAAUGCUGCAGACUGUUUGGCUCAAGCCUCGAAAAAAAGUGGUAACGUGUAUAGCCAUUGGCAAUGUAGGAUUUGUGGUAAGAUAGAUGACCACUGGCCUCCAAUGUGCCCGUACAAGUGUAUCUAUCCCGAAUUUGCUGAAUACAGUGAUAGCGCGUCUGCUACUGGCAAGAGUACAGUCCAAAUGCCUGAAAGCUUUACCAAAGGAGGUGAUGUUAUGUUUUGUGGGAUUUGUGGUGCGAGAGACCACAUCCCUAAAAUAUGCUACUUCAGGCGUUUUGUCAAAUUAUUCACUGGUACACCUCCACCUGUCAAGACUAUUGAUGUUCGUCCAAGCUCACCAGAAAGGAAAUUCACUUGGUCGACGGACUUCCUUGUUGUGCCAGAGCAGUUUUUACGUACGUACCAAUGGGUGAAGCCUAGCGGUGAAGUGGAUGAGGAAUUCUUUGCUUCCCCGGCGGAGAUGGUUGAAUAUAUCAUGCAGACAAACAGGAAGAAUAAACCAACAGGUCGUAUGGAUGAAAAACCAGUGGUUAUUGGAGGUGCGUUUACUUCUCCACGGCAUCCUCUUGAGUACUGUAGGAUUUGUUGCAAGUACAUUGACCACUCAUAUUUAACUUGUCCGUACCUGGAAUAUGUCCCACCUGGUGCACCUGUUGGCCCUGGCUGUCUAGUAGUUUGUAGUCUGUGUGGUUCCGAGAAAUGUGACGAAUGUCGGGCCCAACGUGUUGCUUCCGUGUCUUGUCUGAAGUGUGGUACUAAGUUUGACCACCUCGCGAGAGAUUGCCCACUCAAGAACAGCUGCCCACCUUUCUUCUCCAAUCUUGGUCCCAUCCCAUUUCAAACAUCAUGACUUUAUACCUCAGCUGAUCCCCACCAUGGCUCUCUCCCUCCCCUCUUAUAACAACACCAACGCCUUGUUCUUCAGACUAAGCUUGAAUUCAGUCAACUUCCCAAAGCUCAUUACAACAAAGGCGGCGUCGUCUUUGGGCGAGAGUGAAAGUGCUAAUGGGAUUGCAGAGGACUCUGUUUCUGAGCUUUUGGACGAGGACUUGUUAAGUACAGUUUCCGCCUUUUCGGGUGCUGAAGAUGCCCAAGAAGUACUGAAGAUAUUUGAUGAAAUGGCAGAGAGAAAAAAUGGAGGUGUAGUGAGUGUUUCUGAUUGUUGUGCUAUUAUCUCUGCCGCCCUCAAAAGGAACAACCCUGAAUUGGCUCUCUCUGUUUUUUACGAAAUGCGGGCCAGUUUUGAUCAAGGUAGUUGUUUGCUUUGGCUCUGAAGUGUUAGCAGUAUGGUAACCUUGUGAACUGGGUAUAGGUUCCCAGAUAACAAUCAAUUAAACUAAAACUGGGUACUAUUUAUAUUUUGUUGUUCUUGAUAAGGAGACUGGUGUAUAACAAGGAAGGUGCGCGCUAUCAGAUUAUCAAAGAAGUGUCACUGCCAAAAAAUGUAGAGAGUAUCAAAAAAGUGAUGGCCCCUUCUCUGUAGUUUGUGGUUUUGAUUACUUGUUUACCAAUUGUAGUAGAGGAUUUGCUCUUCA